UAACCCUAACCGCAGCUAUACGGGAAUCCCCACCCGCCGCCGCCCACUAUCCAUAAGGCAGAGACGGCUGGCCUCCCUUCCGCUCCGACUGCAAUCGCAUAUCGAUUCUGUAUCGAUCUCGCCCCAAACUCCUCUCCUCCACUUAAAUCCAUCCACCCACCUUAACGACCGAAGUUGAAGACGAAGAGCUUGAAGGCAAUCGAUCCGGGAUCGAUGGACGGCGAGGACCUAGAUCCUCCUGCUUAUGGCUACCUCGACGACGACGACGACGACGACUACUACUACUACGACGACGACCUCAUGGAAGAAGAUGUUGAAGAUGAUCAAUCUGUAAGUGACGAAUCGGUUGACGGAGAGAAAGAUUACCCCUACCUGAAUCCUCCUCCAUAUGGCUACCCCGACGACGGCGAGCGGCCACCCUUCGUCCUCAUCGAGCCAAACGCCUAUUUUGCCAACCGCGACAACGCCACCACCGCCUCCUGCAAGAUUAGGGAUCUCGGGGGUACCUUCAAGGUCACCUUCUGCACCGCCCACCCGCCCCUCGUCUCCUACCUGUGUGUCCACGCCACCGCCUUCGACCACACCGAGUUCGCCGUCGAGCCCCACAUCAUCGCCACAGAGACCAACGGUAGCCUCAUCCUCCUCCGCUUCGUCAUCGGUAGAGAUCCAUCCGAUAUGAUGUCAAUCGCCCGACGGCAAUACUUUAUCUACGACGCCAGCGUCCCCUCGCUCAAGCACCUCCCGCAUCCCGGCUUCCACAUAUUCUCUGAGCACGCGGUUGCCAUUGUGCGCAAGUGCAACAAACGCAGCCAAGGCAGUAGGAACGACCACCACUACAGCGGUGGUUUCAUCCUGCGCCCCCAUGGGUCCAGUCAGGAGGAUCACAACUGCAGCAACAGCAACUGCGACUACGUCCUUGCCGCACAUAGUGGAUUCUGUCAACAAUCUUCUGAACUCUGCCUUUAUCAGUCUGAUACAGAAACAUGGAGCAUGCUGCCGGUGGUACUUAAGUCUUAUACUCGUACAUCCCACCGAACAAGCAAGACACUGACCAUUGGAGGAGAUAAAGGCACAGUGGCCUGGGUUGAUCUCAGCCGUAAUAUCCUCUUGUGCGACGUGCUCGACAAAAACCCCAAUCUUCGCUCUUUAGAACUGCCGCCACCGAUCCUGCCAACCGAUGCACAGGACUUAGGCACUCCACGGUCUGUUCGGGACAUUGCUCUCCUUGGUAGCUUCAUCAAGUACGUCGAUCUGCAGCCUUUCCCUCUCUCCUCCACCUCCCAUGCUUGGAAGGCCGCAAUAUGGAGCAUCAAGACCGGGAGCUCCUCCCCAAAGGAUUGGCACAUGGAUUACCUGCUCGAUUCCACUGAAAUACCUGAAUCGUCGCUGCCUAAGUUGCGGGUUGAAGAGGAUUCAGCUCAGCCAACCUUGUCGACUCUCCACAUUGGACUACCUCUCCUGAGCCUGCUAGAUGAUGGCAUCGUUUAUUUCCUCACCAAGAUUGACUACCGUUCCAUCUCCCACGUGGCAUGGGUGCUUGCUGUUGAUAUGAGAAACAAGACUGUCCAGAAAGUGGCUGAGUUCAGCUCCAGGAGAACUGUUGGUUUAGCCCUGGGCUACAUUGCAAGUAGGAUCUCCAAUUAUCUGAAGGGCGCUCCAGGUGCAAAACAAAACAUGAAACGACCAGGGAUAUCGAUUUUGAGAUCCUCUAGCAAGAAGCAUCUUGGAAACUGCAUGGUGAUCAAUUUGGGUGGUCCUUAAACGGAAAGAGGUUUCAUGGGAGCUGAAGAAGAUUAUAUAUUUGUAUGACCUGAGAAUAAUUUCGUGUAUCAUGGAUGGUAAUGGAUUAUCAUGUUUCAUUGUCAUGUCUAGAUAAUCAUGAUACUGAGGAUCCCUCUAGACCCUGUUCAGGAAUUCCUUUAUUUAUCUCAUCUAUAUUAUCUGGCCACUUGCUCUUUGAUUA